AAUGUAUAAAAUGCGACGGGUGUGGACAGCCCAUACAGUCGAUUUCCGUCUACCAAACAAGACAACUUCAAACUGAAGAAAAAUGGCGGCAAAGAUUGCUGUAUUUAUCCUGGCCAUGAUGAUAUGCAGUUUGGGAUUGAUCAGGUGACCAGUCUAAGGAGGCAUUGCGUUCGCCCGACAAUAAAGAUAAAGAGAGAAUAUGGCCCGGCUUUCUUGUUUGGGGAAUGUUGGGAGACAAGGACAAAGGUGACCAGUCUGAGAAGGUAUGGCGUUCGCCCGACAAUAAAGAUAAAGAGAGAAUAUGGCCCGGCUUUCUUGUUUGGGGAAUGUUGGGAGACAAGGACACAGGUGACCAGUCUGAGAAGGCAUUGCGUUCGCCCGACAAUAAAGAUAAAGAGAGAAUAUGGCCCGGCUUUCUUGUUUGGGGAAUGUUGGGAGACAAGGACACAGGUGACCAGUCUGAGAAGGCAUUGCGUUCGCCCGACAAUAAAGAUAAAGAGAGAAUAUGGCCCGGCUUUCUUGUUUGGGGAAUGUUGGGAGACAAGGACACAGGUGGCAAAUCUGAAGAAGCAUCUCAAUCAUUUGAUGACAACGAUCACUAAAGGGUACAUAUCGGAACGGGUGGAUGCGUUGAAAUCUUUGAUCCUGUUCGCUUUCCUUCCUGACAAUACAGAUGACGACUCGAUAAUGACGGAUUCAGACAACGAAUUUUGAUUUGAAUAUUUUUUCUUGUGAAACCUUAUUAUUCAGAAUAAAAGACAUUAAUGCAUGGACUUUUUAAUUAAAUUUUGUUCACGUAUGAAAAGAAAGAGAGAAUAAAACUGAUUAAAACACUCGA